AUGGAGCAGGUCAGUUCGAAGAGCAUCUCUCUUCUGAGUCUACCACCCGAGAUUCAAACACAUAUUCUUGCCCACCUUGUUUCUUCCUUUGGAAAGCCAUCGAUCCACGCAGUGUUACGAACUUGCAAGCGGCUCUAUGAGAUAGCUCUUCCGCUGUCCGUACAUGUUUACCGAAACGCAGCCCCAUUUAGCGACGGUGGAGGGGUCUGUUCCCGCGCCCGAAAUGUGCAGUUCUUACGGUACAUUGUCAUUUCGAAACCUGAGCUCGCAAAACACGUCAAGACUAUCAUUCUGGGUAGGUUCUCUUCAGAAAAUAACCCAGCCACGCACAUGAAAGAUAUUGCGCAACCCCAGGACAUCAUAUGUACCAAGGAGGAGCUUUUGGUCUAUCAACACGCCAUAGAGGAUGUAUUGGAUCAUUUGAAUUACGACAGAAACAGCAAUUGGUCUGGCGAAUGGGUGGAGGAUCUCAGCAAAGGCUGUUCUGAUGCUCAGGUCGCCCUUAUCAUGCUUAUUUGUCCGAAUAUUCAAACACUUCUUUUUGAACAAGCUACCGAGCCACGGCAAUUUAUUCGUUUAUUGCAAAUGGUUGGGUCGUUGAACAGCCUAAAGCCGCCUCAUGGAAAGCUCAACAUUAGCCAGCCCACCAUCCCGCUUUCAAAAGUUGAAGAUGUAUUCCAUGAGGCCACUGAUUUUGAAGAGGGGUAUGAAAUGUUUCACGAACAAGGGCCGGCCAUAUUUCAUCUUCCUCGCCUCCGAUUCUACGAGGGCAACCUUAUUUAUGGGGAUAUGUUAGCCGCCGAGAAGUUUGAUCGCUUACAGCCCGGAUCUUCUCCGGUGGAAGAAAUUACUCUACGUGCCUCUACCGUUGCUGGACCAGCACUCAUGAGUAUAUUAAAAGCAUGCAGAGCACUUAAGAAGUUCGAGUAUACCCAUAACUCAUUUAUCAAAUAUUACAAUAGAAUGAAGCCGCGCGAGAUUCUGGAGGCCCUCUUGCUCCAUUCUGAAACAUUAGAGGAUGUUCGUGUCAAUAUGCACGAUGAAUGGGACAAAGGGUGGGAAUGGCAGGAUCAUCCCGAGUGCCUCUACAUGGGAACACAACUUUCUCAACUGCACUCGCUCAAGACGCUUACAGUCAGCUCUCAGUGUCUUACUGGAAUUCUUCCUGGCCCCCCAGUGAAUAAUGACUCUUAUCAACCCCCGAUGCCAAUUCAAAUUGAAGAAGCUCCGACCCUUAUCGAAUGUCUUCCUGAAAGCCUGGAAUCAUUGAAAAUCCUUGGAUGUGGUGAGGCAAUAUGGGAAACAGCAACAGAGCUGCUGAGGACGGUUGAGCAGGGAGUUCGGUUCACGAAGCUUACUUAUAUUUGCUUUCUCUUCAGUGAGUGGCUCAUGAAGUCGGAGAUGGAUUUACAUUGUUACUCUCCACAUGUCCGCUUGGAAAUUGGGUAUCAACAACAGAGUUUUUACCUAUUUGACCUGGGAUACCCUAUUGAUGAAGAGGGAACGCGUCGGGAACACAACGCAACCUCUCGUAUAUACGCCCCGGAUGUCCGAAAAUAUUAUCUGGGGAUUCGUGAGUUGGCUGUGUAUCCGGAAAGUGCGUAUGAGCCGCAGCCCAACCCGUAUGACUUUGAGGAAUAA